AUCUCUUUUCAAUUUUUCUUUUACUUCUCCCAAUCGUCACGUUUCUCAUUUCCUUUGGAUUUUUUUUGUUUGGUUUAUGAGAAAAUAUGAAAUUUUGGAAUUGGGAAAAUUUUGAACUAUGAAAUGUAUUUAAUGGUACCUAUGUCUCUGUUUGUCUUGACGGAAAAUAUUUUCCCGGAUAAUCAUUUUCGCCCAAGAAAAGGUUGGGGCAGAUUUCAACAAUUGAUCAGUAACUCAUGGUUCGUGAAAAAGAUGUAUGUUGGGAAUAUGCUGAAAAAUUAGAUGGGAAUAAGGUUAGAUGUAAAUUCUGUAUGAGAGUUUUGAAUGGUGGGAUUAGUAGGUUGAAGCAUCAUCUAUCUCGGUUACCAAGUAAAGGUGUAAACCCUUGUAGCAAGGUACGAGAUGAUGUGACUGAUAGAGUGAGAGCUAUUAUAGCUUCAAAGGAAGAUGUUAAAGAAACAUCUAGCACUAAGAAGCAAAAGCUUGUAGAAGUGAAAUCUCCUGUGAGUGUUUCUGGUAGUAAAGCUCUUGUUGUUACUGAUGUAUCGUCGCCUGUCGCAAAGGUUUUCCCAACUGUCACUCCUAUGGCUAAUCUUCCUUCAAAUAACCAAGACAAUGCAGAAAGAAGUAUAGCUUUGUUCUUUUUCGAGAAUAAGCUCGACUUUAGUAUUGCGCGUUCUUCAUCAUAUCAGAUGAUGAUAGACGCCAUUACAAAGUGUGGUCCUGGUUUUUUGGGUCCAUCUGCUGAAACUCUCAAGACUACAUGGCUAGAAAGGAUCAAGUGUGAAAUGAGCUUACAAUCGAAAGAUAUUGAGAAAGAAUGGGCUACAACGGGUUGUACAAUCAUUGCUGAUACUUGGACUGAUAACAAAUCAAGGGCUUUGAUUAGCUUCUUGGUUUCAUCACCUUCCAGGACCUUUUUCCAUAAGUCUGUUGAUGUGUCUUCCUACUUCAAGAACACAAAAUGCCUUGCUGAUUUAUUUGAUUCUGUCAUUCAGGAUUUCGGUCCUGAAAAUGUUGUGCAGAUUAUAAUGGACAAUAGUUUCAACUAUACUGGUGUUGCCAACCAUAUCUUGCAGAAUUAUUCGACCAUUUUUGUGUCUCCUUGUGCUUCUCAAUGCUUGAAUUUGAUCCUUGAAGAGUUCUCGAAAGUGGAGUGGGUGAAUCGAUGUAUCAUACAUGCACAAACUAUAUCGAAGUUCAUAUACAACAGUGUUUCUAUGCUUGAUCUGAUGAAAAAGUACACUGGUGGACAAGAACUCAUUAGGACUGGUAUCACAAAGUCUGUAUCGAACUUCCUUUCACUACAAUCGAUCUGGAAGCAGAAGCCAAGGUUGAAACAUAUGUUUAACAGUCCCGAGUUCUGUACGAGCUCCUCAUACUUAAAUAAGCAACAAAGUUUGUCAUGUAUUGCCAUUCUUGAGGAUAAUGAGUUCUGGAGGGCUGUAGAUGAAUGUGUGGCAAUCUCUGAGCCUUUUCUAAAAGUGUUGAGGGAAGUUUCGGGAGGAAAGCCUGCUGUUGGAUUUAUAUACGAAAUGAUGACAAGGGCAAAAGAAUCUAUAAGGACAUACUAUAUAAUGGAUGAAAACAAAUGCAAGACAUUUCUAGGCAUUGUAGAUAGAAAGUGGCGAGAUCAACACCAUUCACCUCUGCAUUCAGCUGCAGCAUUUUUGAACCCGAGCAUUCAGUACAAUCCAGAGAUAAAGUUCCUUACAUCCAUAAAAGAAGACUUCUUUAAUGUUCUGGAGAAGCUACUCCCUACUCCUGAAAUGAGACGCGAUAUCACUAGUCAGAUUUGUACUUUUAGAAAGGCGACUGGCAUGUUCGGCUGCAGCCUAGCUAUGGAGGCAAGAGAUGUGGUUUCACCUGGGCUAUGGUGGGAACAAUAUGGUGAUUCUGCUCCUGUGCUGCAAAGAGUUGCAAUCAGAAUACUUAGCCAAGUUUGCAGCAGUUUCACAUUUGAGAGGCAUUGGAACGCGUUUCAGCAAAUCCACUCAGAGAAGCGCAACAAGAUUGAUAGAGAAGCUUUAAAUGAUCUUGUUUACAUAAAUUACAAUCUCAAGUUAGCAAGACAAACAAGAUUGAAACCUAUAGAAGCGGAUCCGAUUCAGUUCGAGGACAUAGAUAUGACUUCAGAGUGGGUUGAAGAGAGUGACAACUCAAGCCCAUCUCAGUGGCUUGAUCGGUUUGGUCCUUUGGAUGGAAAUGACUUGAAUACAAGACAGUUUAGUGCUGCCAUUUUCAACUCAAAUGACCCCAUAUUUGGUUUGUGACUUUGUGGUUCUUAUUCUAAUUCUUCCUUGCAUUUAAAUUGAAGUAGAUUCUUCUCUUCUCUGGGGUAGAUUGACUGAGUUGUUAUGGUGGCCUAGGAUUUAAAUUUGUCCCUAGCAUUACUCCUCACCUUAGCUUCAUGUAUAUAACUAUAUUUUUUUCUUUGUUAUUGCUCUCUGUGUAUACUUACUCAAUUGUAACAUUGUUUGUGACUCAUUAGUGAAUUGUAUGUAAUCUUUGUAUUGCGUUUAGUCAAAAUUU